UCGUCUCGAUUGGUAGAAUCCUCUGGCUGCUGGACGAUGCACAUCAAGGCGAUCACGCUCCAGGGCUUCAAGUCCUACAAGGACCUAACACGCGUAGCGCCAUUCUCGUCACAGCACAACGUUGUUGUGGGAGAGAAUGGGUCUGGCAAGUCGAACUUCUUCUUUGCCAUCGAGUUUGUGCUCUCUGACGAGUACCAGAGCCUCUCGCAGGAGCAGCGGGUGGCUAUGCUUCAUGAGGGUGCCGGUCUUGCGGUCAUGUCGGCCUUUGUGGAGUUGACGUUUGACAACUCGGACGAGCGGUUCCCUGUGGAUCGCGACGAAGUGGUCAUUCGGCGGACGAUUGGGCAGAAGAAGGACGAGUACUUUGUGGACAAGAAGAACACGUCGCGGGCCGAGAUCAACUCGAUGCUCGAGUCUGCCGGCUUCUCGCGGUCGAACCCGUACUACAUUGUCCGCCAGGGACGCAUUGCCGCCCUCUCGAUGAUGAAGGACAACGCGCGGCUGGACCUCCUCAAGGAGGUGGCCGGAACACGGGUGUACGACGAGUCGCGGGCGCAGUCGAUCGAGAUCAUGGAGGACACUGACGAGCGCCGCACCAAGAUUGCCGACGUACUCAAGUACAUCGAGGAGCGCCUCGCCGAGCUCGAAGCCGAGAAGAAAGAGCUCGCCGAGUACCAGGAGCUCGACAAAGACCGCCGCUGCCUCGAGUACGCCAUCUACAAUGGCGACCUCAAGGCUGCAGUUGCCGAGCUCGAGGCGCUCGAGCUCACCCGCCAGGAGCAAGUCGAGCUCGCCGAGACCAACCACCGGGCGUCAGCCGACGACAGCGAGCUGCUGGCGGCGCGCGAGGCCGAGCUCGCGGCGCUGGGGGGCAAGCUCGAGGAGCUCAAGGCUAAGCUCAAGGCCGCCAGCGACGAGCGGACCGAUGCGCUGGAAAACAAGGCUCGCCUCGAGCUCCGGGUCGCCGACGCUCUGCGCUCGGGCUCGACCAAGGCCCAGCGUUUUGCCGCUAUGCGCACAGAGCUCGACGAGCUCACCCGCAGCAUUCAGGCUGCCGAGGCCCGGCUUGCGGUAGUCGAACCCGAGUUUGAGGCCGUCAAGGCCGAGGAGGCGGCGCUGGCGGCCCAGGAGGCGUCGGUCAAGGUUGCUGUCGACGCGCUCUACGCCAAGUCGGGUCGCUCGCGGCAGUUUUCGUCGCCGGCGGAGCGCGACGCAUGGAUCCAGGCCGAGCUCGAGACCAUGGACGCACUCGUCGCGUCGAAGCGCGACCAGGUGGCAAGCCUCGAGGCCGAGGUUGCCGCCCAGAGCACGGCGGCGGAUGACGUGGCCACGCGCCGGACUGCGCUCAAGGCGGUCAUUGCCGAGACGGCGGGCAAGAUGGAGUCGUUCAACGCCGAGCUGGCGCGGAUCAAGGCCGAGCGCGACGAGGCGACCAACGCGCGGAAGGAGGCGUGGCGGGUCGAGGCCCGGAUGGGUAAGGAGCUGGAGGCUGCGGCGGCCAAGGCGGCGUCGGCUGAGCGGCUGCUGCGAUCGUCGAUGUCGGGCGCGGCAUGGAAUGGCGUCCAGUCUGUCUCGCGCAUUGCGGCGCAGCACGGCAUCGCCGGUGUCCACGGCCCGCUCAUUGAGCUCUUUGCUUGCUCGGACGAGUUUAUGGCUGCCGUCGAGGCCAUCGGCGGCUCGUCGCUCUUCAACGUGGUUGUCGACGACGACGAGGUUGCCGCCCAGGUCCUCCACGUCAUGAACCGCGAAAAGUCGGGCCGGGUCACGUUCAUGCCGCUCUCGCGGCUUGUCAACAACAUUCCGCCGCUGCCGGUCUCGGACGAUGCGCUUCCGCUCCUCGACCAGCUCUCGUUUGAGAAUGUGUUUGAGCCUGCCAUGCGCAACGUGUUUGGCCGGGCGCUCGUCUGCCGCUCGCUCGACAUUGCUGCCCACUUUGCGGCGUCGGCCUCGGUCGACUGCGUCACGCUUGACGGUGACAAGGUCUCGCGCAAGGGUGCGCUCUCGGGCGGAUACACCGACAAGAAGCGGAGCCGUCUGGUGGCGAUGGCCCAGGUCCGUGCCGCCCGCGCCGAGUCGUCGGCGCUCAAGGCGUCUGCGGCCGAGGCCAAGGCAGCGGCUGUCGAGCUCGACGCCAAGGUCACCAGCCUUCUCUCUCAGGCGCAGCAGGUGCAGGCCAGCCGUGCCGACGCGCUCGACGCACACCGCCGGGCCCAGGACGAGCUGGCGUCGGUGGUGGCCCAGUCGACGGCGUCGGUCACGUCGGCGUCGGCGGUUGUCGACUCGCUGGCAUCGGUCCAGGCCGAGCUCGCCCGGCUCGACGAGGAGACCGCUGCGCUCCGCGCCGAGCUCGGCACGCCGCUUGUCUCGGCGCUCACGGCCGACGACAAGGCUGCGCUUGACGCCGCCGAGUCGCGGCUGGCGGACCUGCAAGCGCAGUUGCUCGCGGCGUCAUCGACCCGUGCCCAGCUCGAGCUGGAGAAGGCCGAGCUGUCGUCGACGCUGGCGAACCACCUGCGGAAGCGGGCAACCGAGCUCGAGCAGGAGCUCGACGGCGUUCGGCUGGAGGCGCAGGAGGAAGACGCGGCGUCGCUGGAAGCGGAGCUUGCGGCGGCGACCAAGGCGGCCGAGACGGCCGAGGCCCGCGCCGCCGAGCUUGCCACCGCCCGCGACGCCGCCGCCAAGAGCGAGGCCGAGCUGCGGACGCAGGUCGAGAAGCUCCGCGCCGCCGACCGGAUCCACCGGACUACGGUCGAUGAGCAGGCCCAGGCCAUGGAGCGCAUCCUGCAAAAGCGGUCGGUCCUGCUGGCCUCGCGCGAGGAAGCAACGCGCAAGAUCCGCGAGCUCGGCUCGCUGCCCGGCGAGGCCUUUGACAAGUACGAAAACGUCAACGCCAAGACGCUGCUCCGCAAGCUGCACGGCGUCAACCGCAAGCUGACCAAGUACAACCACGUGAACAAGAAGGCGCUCGACCAGUACAUCUCGUUCAACGAGCAGCGCAAGUCGCUCCGCGAGCGCAAGGCGGUCCUCGACGAGGGCGCAGCCUCGAUCCGCGAGCUCAUCGAUAGCCUCGACGAGCGCAAGGACGAGGCCAUCCAGCGGACGUUCAAGGGCGUGGCCAUGCACUUUGCGCAGGUCUUCCGCGAGCUCGUUCCGUCGGGCAAGGCCUCGCUGGUCAUGCUCACCGACGACGGCGCCGACGACGUCGCCUCGGACAGCGACGACGACUCGGGCCUCGCGCCCAUGGACGAGAACCGCCCGACCUCGCGGUCGAGCAAGGCGUCGGCGGCCAAGGGCAAGGCCGCUGGUGAGGGCCCCGAGCGCAUCCGCAAGUACGUCGGCGUGGCCAUGAAGGUCUCGUUCACCGGCGCUGGCGAGACCUUUUCCAUCUCGCAGCUCUCCGGCGGGCAAAAGUCGGUCGUCGCCCUCGCCCUCAUCUUUGCCAUUCAGCGGACCGAUCCCGCGCCGUUCUAUCUCUUUGACGAGAUCGACUCGGCGCUCGACGCCGCCCAUCGGACUGCCGUCGCCACCCUCAUCUCCAAGCAGGCCGCCUCGCACUCGGCGCAGUUCAUCACCACCACCUUCCGCCCGGAAAUGCUCGACGUCGCCCACCAGUUCUACCAGGUCGUCUACUCGAAGACCGCAAAGGUCUCCACCAUCCAGCAGGUCGACCAGGAGACCGCCAAGGACUUUAUCGCUGGCAUCAUGGCCCAGGAAGCGUAGCGCGAGAGUCCUGGACAAAGCAGAAAAGACACAAUUUAACCUGUACA